ACACACACACACACAGGACAAACGACCACACUGGUCUGUUGGCACGAACAGCUCAUAACUUUGGCUACUACUAACACACCUGUACUCAUUUCAUAAGUUGGAUCCAACACAAACACACUCUCUCUCUCUCUCUCUCUCUCUCUCUCUCUCUCCGGCAUGUGUCUGUGUGUGUUUAUCCCCUUUCUGCUCUGCCGUGUCCUCCUAAGACUAAUACCAGUCUCUCUCUCUCUCUCUCUCUCUCUCUCUCUCUGAGUGACAGCGAGGUUUUCGCUUCGCCCGGAGCGACGUCACACCAAGGUGGAAGGCGGCGAGCGCAUUUUUCCCCCCUUUAUCAUCCAAGGAAAACACGCAGGCCGUGGCGCCCACUCCGCUCCAGCUGCGCUGUACCUGCAGCCGGUGCGCACCCAAAACCGCUCCACCGACCGCACCAGCGCGUCACUGGAGAGCGCGCGCGGAGCAGGCAACAUCCAGCUGCGCCCCGCAAAUCCACGCGCGGUUCUUUUCCGGGCAACACGACUGUUCCUGGGCUCUGAUAUUCGGAAAAAAGUUCAGUAUUACCCGGUGGCAUCACAUUGUGGGCUGUCGUGCGCUGUUUCGCGCCGGGACCCGACUCGAUCGCCCGUCGCGUGACUCCGCGUUCCUCCCGAGACCGUGGGUGCAACGCGCGUGAAGUGCUGCGGCAGACAGCGCAGGGGAACAAUGGAGACGUUAACCACACCUUUGGAAGCGGACAUCUCCCCAGUAGCCUCUUGACCAGCUGUGCUUCGCGAGCUAAGAUGCGCCCGACAGAGGAAGAGCUGGAUGACGAACCGUUCGCGCUCCCGCUGACCGUUUCCAGUCAGAUUUCCUACUGAGCCGCCGCGUCCGAAAACUGGGAACUUCUAUGUUUUUAAGAAAUAAUCCAACUCGGCUCAGCUCGUCAGUAGUUUGAAAAAAAAAGUUUGCUCCUUGAGGAUUUCAACAUGACCGUUCGUCUCUCUCGGAUCCAGCUGGCUCUGUUCUUUAUCCUGCUCUGUCCCGUCAACAUCAUUGGACUCUGGUGGGCGGUGGGCAGCCCGCUGGUGAUGGACCCCAACAGCAUAUGCAGGAAGGCCAAGCGUCUGGCGGGGAAGCAGGCCGAGCUGUGCCAGACGCAGCCGGAGAUCGUCAGCGAGGUGGCCAAGGGAGCCCGGCUGGGCGUCCGGGAGUGCCAGUACCAGUUCCGGUACCGGCGGUGGAACUGCACCAGCCACAACAAGUACUUCGGCAAAAUACUGCAGCAAGACAUUCGGGAGACGGCGUUCGUCUACGCCAUCACGGCCGCGGGGGUGACCCACGCCGUCACCCAGGCCUGCAGCAUGGGAGACCUCCUGCAGUGCGGGUGCGAGGCCACCAGGAACAGGGCGCCCCCGAAGCCGCCGUCCUCCGCCUCCGGCGACGGAGUCAAGUGGGAGUGGGGAGGCUGUGGAGACGACGUGGAGUUCGGCUACGAGAAGUCCAAGCAGUUCAUGGACGCCAAGAGGAGGAGGGGCAAGAGCGACAUCAGGACGCUCGUCGACCUGCACAACAACGAGGCUGGACGACUGGCGGUGAAGCUCUACAUGAGGACCGAGUGCAAGUGCCACGGCCUCUCCGGCUCGUGCACGCUGCGCACGUGCUGGAAGAAGAUGCCGCACUUCCGCGAGGUGGGCGACCGGCUGCUGGAGCGCUUCAACGGCGCCUCCAAGGUGAUGGGCGGCAACGACGGCAAGACCCUCAUCCCGGUCGGCCACAACAUCAAGCCCCCGGACAGGCAGGACCUCAUCUACUCGGACGAGUCGCCCGACUUCUGCCUGGCGAAUCGCAAGACGGGCUCGCUGGGCACGCGGGGGCGCACGUGCAACAGCACGGCCAUGGACAUCAGCGGCUGCGACCUGCUGUGCUGCGAGCGCGGCCACCGGGAGGAGACGCUGGUGUUCGAGGAGAACUGCCUGUGUCGCUUCCACUGGUGCUGCGUGGUCCAGUGCAAGAAGUGCCUGGUCCGAAAGGAGCUGAGUCUGUGUCACUGACGAGCCGACGGACCGAGGCCGCGGGCCGUUCUGGAGGGGGUUUGUUAGAGUUACUCUGGCUACUUUUUCUUUGGGUGUUUGCUUUAGUCUGGUUUGUGUCGAAGAAGGAGAGGGUCUGGACUCCCCUGAAAGUUAACGUCAAACAGACAAGUGCUGCCUGGUAGUUUAAAGCAAAGGAAAUCUAACCACAAGACACCAGAACAGAGAAAAAAUUAAUGUCCAAACUACCUAUUUGUGCCUCCUUGCUUGUGAAAUGGACCAAACACGUGGCCUUAACAUGAGCAGCUCUGGACAUUUGUCCAAAAACGCAGUGAAACCAGAAAGGAGGAGUUUUUUUUUUUUUUACAUCACCACGCAGUGAUGCUUGUGAUUAAAUUAUGCAUUUUUAAAUUAAAUAUUUUUUUCUAGCGCUAUUGCUCCUGCAGAGUCAGAAAGAAAGAAUGGGUCAUCAGAUUUCACUUGUGGUCCAUUACUUUGACUUUGUUAUAUGUAGGCAUCCAUGAUCACUAUAAACUAACUGAUCUUUGUAAUGUAUCACCCUGCAAACGGUUGCUAGGUGACAGUCGACCCUAGACACACUAAUUCCAGAUCCAGACUCCAGAAAAGACCCUGACUUUUCCAGUGCUAAUAUGCAUGAAGGGGAAAUGGGAUCAUUUCAUCCUGUCUGAGGAGUUCUGUUGACCCUCAUGUUCCGCAGGUGAAGCAAAGGUCACUUAUUUAAGGAUACGAUGACGAGGCCCGCUGACAUACAACGACUACUCCCUUCAGUCUCCCUCAGAAGCACUUUGGACGCCUUCAGUAACCUUUGGGGUUUCGCUGUUUUGUUUAAGCCAAAAGAAAAACCUUUUUAUCGACAAACACGUGUAUUUUGUUUGUCCGUCAUGACACACAGGGCUGAUGUUAUAAUGCACUUUGGACGUUGGCUUCGAUUUGAUGCUUUAUGUGCAUAGGUGUGUGUCUGUGGUGUGUGUGUGGCUGGGUGUUUGUGCAGUCGGGCCAGUUGUCGCCACGUCCACCUGUGGACGGCAGCUUUUCUUCAUCCGUGCGUUAUGGUUAUGAGAAGCACACAGCGGUUUGACUCCUCGUGGGACAGAAAAGAUGUUUUUAUUGCUGUGUUUCAAGGGAUGCCUCCCGUGAACGCAUCAUGUCAUCUCAUUUACUUUUGAGGGUUAUUUCCAGACAAUGUACAGAAAGUACUGAGCUACAAUAAUGUGUUGCUUCAGCUUCAGACCUGUUAGAGUUUGUGGUCAGAAUGAUUUGCUUUGACUUAGAUCUGACUCGUGAUCGCAGAAGAAUCCAAAGUAAAACAGCCACUGUCGCCAAUCUGCUUGGCGGUUGCCAGAUUUGGUUGGAUUUGGAUUUGGAUUGGCAUCUUACUCAUACUUUGCCACUGAAAUAAUCGUGAGCACUGGUCACACCUUAAAACGGUCACCCAAGACAAACCAGAUGAAACACCAAGACAGCAGAAUUUAACCUAUGAGCUUCUGACCUGCCAGUAAAAAGAACCUGGAGCCAUUUCCAUAUCUGCAUGUGUCUAAUGAAAUUUGUCAAACGAGCUGUGGCAAUAAUUAUAAAGUUUUAUGACAGCUGUGUAUUACAUUCAAUGUGCUGAAAAUCGAUAACUGGAAUUACUUAUACUUUACAUUAGAUCCUAUUUAUGACUCACAUUCAGAACACUCAAAUAAAGAGAAAACAGUUCUUAUUCA